CAGUUCCUUAUAGCCAUGACCAGUGUGUUGCGUCUGCUGCUUGUUGCAAGUUGCUGCUUGCCACUAACUGUUGUUGCAACCAACAACAUAUACGUGCCCUGGGAGCGCAGCUGGGACUCGGAUCUAAUGGUGGGCGUAAGCAAAAUGCUUUGUGCAACGCGCAUCAAAUUGUUGUAUGUCUACUUUGAGAAUCGCACCAAGCACGAUCACUCCGGCGAGCUGCUGCGUGAGGUGACCAAGUGUGAAAUAUCCUACGUAUCGCUGAGAAACCAAGCGCGUCCACUGGAGGCUGUAAAGGACGAUGGCGUGCUGAUGUACAUGGUGAUGAUUAUCAAGGAUGUAGCGCAGCCGCUCAGACUGUCGCUCAUCAAUAAGAAGUCGGCUGGCAAGCAUUUGUCGCAUGUGCUGCUGCUGGUGCGAGAUGCACGCGAGUUAACGCCGGACUGGAUGCGCGCCAGCUUUAGACAGUUCUGGUCCAUUUGGCUGCUGAACAUAGUGAUUGUCUAUUGGCGCGAUGGACGCAUGCAUAUCUAUCGCUAUAAUCCGUUUACGAAUGACUUUGUGCUGCCCGUGCCGCUGCGGGAGGGCGAGCUGCCCACGCUGCUGCAGCUGUUUCCCAAAAAGUUGCCCAAUAUGCAUCGCAAGCCGCUGCGCAUUUGUCUGUUCAUGGAUAGCGUGAGGGCAGUCUAUGGACCACAUGGCAGCAUACAGGGCACGGAUGGCUCGCUGGCUGUUUAUAUAGCAGAGCGACUGAAUGCCACACGCAUUAUCACCCAUCCCGUGGACUAUGCGCAUCAGAACGACAGCUGGGACAAGUGUGGCUUUGAGAUUGCGCAGGAGUACAGCGACAUAGCCAUGAACAUUCGUUUUCUGGCGCCCGAGAUCUUCGAGAAGCGCACCGAGUACACCAUAGUAAACAAUCGCGAUGACUUGUGUGUGAUGGUGCCGAAAGCUCAAGCGGAUUCGCUGUUCUGGAAUGUGUUUCGCUCCUUUGGCGGCUGGGUUUGGUUGUCCAUGCUGCUGUCGCUGCUGCUGGCCAACAUCUUUUGCAGGCUUUGCUAUGCCGAGCGUGCGGACUGCAUUUCACUGCAGCUGUUCGCCGGCUCCUUGUCGCUGCCACUGAUGCAUGUUCCGCGCAAGUGCUCGCUGCGUUGCUUCCUCAUCUUCUGGCUGUUCUUUGGCAUGCUCAUCUGCAGCGCCUUUCGCUGCAAUUUGACCAGCAUGCUGGUCUAUCGCAAGCCACUGCCCGAUAUUGAUGAUUUGGAUGCGCUUGCGAGUGCGCAGCGCAAGAUUCUAGUGCGUCCCAUACACUAUCAGCAUAUAGCGCAUUUUCUGAACGUGGAUCAUCCACAUGGCGUUAAGAUCAAGCAGCUGCUGCAGCGUGUGCCGGACGCUGUUAAGUUGGAUUAUUUUAAUCGCAACGAUCAGCGUUUUGCCUACGUGGAUAAAUUUCACAUUGCCUCGUUUCAGGUGAACGCGCGCCAGCAUAUGCAAGUGGGUCGCCCACUGUUCCAUCUGAUGGACGCCUGCCUGGUGCCCUUUCAUGCGGUCUACACAGUGCCCUAUGGCUCACCCUACUUGGGCUUCUUCAACACGCUGAUACGCGGCUCUGUCGAAUUUGGCUUUGAGCGCUAUUGGGAUCGCAUAAUGAAUGCCGCGUUCAUUGGCGCCGGCACCAAGCCGUACAGCAAUCGUCAUCGCAGCAACAAUGACGAUCCGGUCGUGCUUAAACUGGAGCACUUUCACGCCGUGUUCUGUCUCUGGGCAAUGGGCACAGCACUGGCGCUUGGUCUGUUCUUAUGCGAGUUGCUAGCACAUAAACUGAGGCGUAACACAAAAAAAAAAACAAGCGCAUGCAAACUUUAAUUAACGCGUUAUAUGAA